AUGCGCUGGGUCGCGACGGCGACGGCACAGUUCCUUCGCAACCGACACGCGCAGCUCACGCGCGCGUUCUCUCGCAACAGCGCUCCCCCGAACGACAAACCCUCCGCCGCCGCCAUGGACACUACCGAGCGAGCCGCCGCAACGCCCGUCGCGCCCGUCCUGCCAGGGGUCAAGGAGCACCUCGUCCACCACGACUACACGGUUCGUUCGCGUCUCUCGCCGCGCGCGACGCCCCCCGCUCUCGCGCUCGCUCGUCCCGCGCUCGCCUCACGCUCCGCCGCCCCCGCGCUCUCGCAGUGGCUCAGCGCGGAGACCGCGAGGUCGCACGCGCUGCACGAGAUCUGCAAGCAGUUCAAUUGCACGGAGCAGGGCGCGAAGAACGCGAUGUCGCGCCGCGAGAUCCCCGAGUGCAAGGACUGGCACCACCACAACGGGUCGUGGAAGCAGAAGGAGACGCCCGGCGGCUCCGUGAAGAUGCCCGCGGGACACCCGAUCAGCAAGAUCGUCGGCAAGCGCUCAUUCCCGGACGGGACGAUCCAGUACAAAGUCACCUGGGCGGACUACGACGACACGCACGCGACGUGGGAAUCCCCUGAGAACAUCCAGCACGCGAAAGACAUGGUCGCGGCGUUCGAAAAGUCACACGUGGAGUGA